AUGUCUUUAGACGUUAUUGAUAUUGCAAGAAUAUCGGACGGCGGGUCAUCCAUACCUCAAAUCCAAGCCAGGGUCGACCUUUUCAAGACGUGGGAUAUUCCAUCGGGGUCAAAGAUACUCGAAAUCGGCUGCGGGCAAGGAGAUUGCACCCUGGUGAUGGCCUAUCUAGUGGGAGAGCAGGGCCACGUCACAGGAAUUGACCCAGCGCCCUUGGACUACGGAGCACCCAUAACCCUAGGCCAAGCACAAGACAAGCUAAAGCAGAGUGCGAUCGGUGACCGGAUCACAUUCCACCGAUCAGAUCUUGAAGGGUUCCUCGACUCCAGCGCCUCAGAACCCCUUUACGAUUUUGCCGUGUUCGCGCGUUCAACUUGGUACUUUCCAUCCGCCGAAGCAUUGACGCCGAUUCUAGUGGCUCUGCGCGGAAGAACGAAGCACCUCUGCAUUGCAGAGUACGCAACUGAUAUCCAAGGGGAUAUUGCCGCUCUGCCACACCUGCUGGCGGCAAUUUCACAAGCAGAGUUCAACUCUAGAGACAAUAACUUGGACCGCGACGAUAAUAUCCAGUCAAUUAUCACACCACAGAAAAUUCGUGAACUGACGCUUGAGGCGGGGUGGGUGCUUAAGAAGGAAGAUGUUAUUAGAUCCCCCGAGGAUCAGGAGGAUGCGCGAUGGGAGGUUGGUCGCGUCCUCUCGGAGGGUUAUCGUGUCAGGUCGCGAUCAUAUGGUGGUGCUAGUCGUCAAGAGUACGCAGAUGCGUUGAUCAGUGCUAUUGAGGAGAGCAAGCGUGCACUUGGCCCGAACCCUAAGCUUAGAACUUUGCCUACGUGGCUGGGCUUGUGGGCGUGA